GAGUGCUAUUUGCUCAUCGAGUCAUCGAUUCUUGCCGUGAUUAUAUAUAUCUAUCUUGUACGUAUCUCUUUUUGUACAAACAAGUUCCUUAUACGCGACAGAAACAAAAUCAUUAGUUAGAGUGCAAGCAAAAUUUCCAAAUUUAUUCUCUCCAUAUAAAACUCCCAUCAGCAAAUUCGUAACACACACACACACAAAACAAGUCCGUUUUCCCAGUUGAGCUAUACAUGUCGGACAAGCUCUUAAUCUCCUUGUUGCUAGCAUGUCUGGUCUGGAACUCUGAGUCCAUCAGCCGAGCCCAUUUUCCCCAUGCCUUUAACUUCGGAACUGCUUCUUCUGCUUAUCAGUUUGAAGGUGCUGUUAAUGAAGGAAACAAAGGUGUUAACAUUUGGGAUACCUUUGUAAGUCGAACAGGCAAGAUUUUGGACUUCAGCAAUGCAAACACGGCAGUGGAUCAAUAUCAUCGAUUUAAGACGGACAUUGACUUGAUGAAGGACAUGGGAAUGGAUGCUUACAGAUUCUCAAUAUCAUGGUCAAGAAUCUUCCCAAAUGGAACAGGAGAACCAAAUCCAGAUGGAUUGAAAUACUACAACAGCCUCAUAGAUUAUUUAUUGGAAAAAGGAAUUCAGCCUUAUGUAACUUUAUACCACUGGGAUCUUCCGCAGAUGCUCGAAGACAGAUAUGAAGGAUGGCUAAGUGACCAUGUCAUAAAAGAUUUUGAGCAUUUUGCUUUUACCUGUUUCAAGGCCUUCGGUGAUAGGGUGAAGUAUUGGAUCACCUUUAAUGAACCUUAUAAUGCAGCAAUGCAAGGUUAUGACCUUGGAGUUCAGGCUCCCGGGAGGUGUUCAAUUCUAGGGCAUCUCUUUUGCAAAGCAGGGAAAUCGUCCAUCGAACCAUAUAUAGUAGCUCACAAGAUCCUGCUGUCUCAUGCUGUAGUGUACCAUAAUUACCAGAAAAAUUUCAAGGAAAAGCAAGGAGGUCUAAUCGGGAUAGCACUGGAUGCCAAAUGGUAUGAACCAAUAUCUGACAGUGACGAAGACAGAGAUGCUGCAAGUAGAGCAAUGGACUUUCAACUUGGAUGGUUCCUUGAACCACUUCUGUUUGGGAACUAUCCCCUUUCAAUGCAAACACUAGUGGGGGAGAGACUACCUGAUAUAAGUCCAAUGGUUUCUAGAUCCCUGGUCAGAUCUCUGGAUUUUAUUGGCAUAAAUCACUACACCUCAUUGUAUGCGAAGAAUGAUAAAACUCGAGUUCGCAAAUUCAUCAUGCAAGAUGCUUUAUCUGAUAGUGCUGUGAUUACUACAUCGUCUAGACAUGGGAUUCCUAUCGGAGAAAGAGCUGCUUCUAGGUGGUUGCACAUCGUACCUUGGGGCAUACGGAAGCUAACACGAUACAUAAAAGAUAAAUAUGGAAAUCCACCAGUAUUCAUCACGGAAAAUGGCAUGGAUGAUCAAAAUAGACACUUCAUAUCUUUAAACAAGGCAUUAAACGAUGAAAAGAGAAUAAGUUAUCAUAGAGAGAGAGACUAUCUCUCAAACCUUUCAGCUGCUAUAAGGGAAGAUGAAUGCGACGUGCGAGGCUAUUUUGUAUGGUCUUUGCUUGAUAACUGGGAAUGGAACUAUGGAUACACUAAGAGGUUUGGACUAUAUUAUGUGGACUUUCAAAAUAAUCUUACAAGGAUUCCAAAAUCCUCUGUAAAGUGGUUCGUUAAUUUGCUGAGACCAGAAAGUGAUGUGAACUACCACCAAAGUUUGUAACUUAACCUUUGGAGAUGUCGAUAAUUAAUUGUAAACAAAAAUCUAUAUGGACUAGUUUGUAGAGGAAAAAGGUGUUUAGAUGAAGAAUUGACAGAAGAACCCUGUUUUAUGUCUGGAUGUUUCAGAGUGUUAUAUCCUAUUGUGAUCCGGUGAUUCCAUUUCUUCUUGAUUACAAGUAGGGAGGUCAACUUCAAACUGCAAGUGCCCUAUUCCAGGAGUUAAACUGGAUAGUUUAGUUCUUUAUUUUUACUAAAUGAAAGUUUAGUUCUUGUUUCAA